AUGCUUCCGCUGGGCAGUCUAGUGUCCCCCAUCAACCCAAAACACAAUAGGCCCAGGCACCUGGUGCUGCGCAAGGCAAAGGUGCAAGCAGGUGCAGGCAGACAUCAGUAUUCAGACAUUAAGACAUCAGACAAUCGUAGCAGUUUUUGUUUGUUGUCAAAAAAGUGGAAUUCAUAUGUGCUUGCCCUGUCUAAGAUGAGUGAGAGAGCCUCAUACCUAUGGGGGGGGAUGUUGAGGACUCUGCUCGUGCUGCUGACCGCAUGCUCCACAACAGAGGGAGGACGCUGUCCUAAGUCCUGCUCCUGCCAUGUCCCCAACGAAGUUCACUGCACCUUCAAAUACCUGAGCGCAGUCCCUGAGCACAUCCUGCCAACAGUGGAAAAGAUGAACCUUGGGUACAACAGCAUAAUGAUGUUAAAAGAAAAUGACUUGACUGGACUCAAGAAGUUGGAGUUAUUGAUGCUGCAUAGUAACACCAUCCAUAACAUUGAAGAUGGAGCUUUCAAAGAUUUAAAAUCCCUACAGGUUCUAAAGAUGUCCUACAAUAAACUAAAGAAAAUCAACAAAGAGACAUUCACAGGACUAAAAAGUGUCAUAAGACUUCACUUGGACCACAACCACCUAGAGUUUAUUCAUCCAAAUGCGUUCUAUGGCCUAUCCAGUCUACAGUUGGUAAACCUGGAAGGAAACUACCUUCAGCAGAUUCACCCAGACACAUUUAUUACACUGAGGUAUAACCAGCUGUUUGCAGUCUCCUCUGUGAAGACCGUCCACUUGUCAGACAACCUCCUCUCCAGCCUCCCUGCAGACAUUUUCCCUUCCUCUGUCCAGCUAGAGAAUCUAUUCCUCCAUGGCAACCCUUGGAGUUGUGAUUGUCAUAUGGCAUGGUUCACAAAAUGGAGGAUCAUGAAUGUUGGUAUUUUGAAGUGCAAGCGUGAUCGGAGAGGACAGCUUUGUCCAGUUUGUCAAAAUCCUUCCAUCCAUCACAACAAACCCCUAUCUCUUAUCUCAAGCGAUGCCUUCAUCUGCACCAGACCUACAAUCCAAGCCCAUCUUAAGCACAAAAAUAUUACUGUGGAUGAAGGAGAGUAUGUUCAACUUUGGCCCAGAGACUUUAUAGCACCUUUAGGCUCAAUUCAAAUUGACCUUAAAGAUCAUUUCCACAAUGAAGGCAGAUUAUCCUGCACUGUCCAGAGGCCCUCAGCUUCUGAAAACUUGACCCUGGCCUCAGGAGGAGAUGGCUCUUACCACAUCACUGUUACCAUGACAACUUACUUGAUCUGUAAUGUUGAUCAUGAGCAUAUGCAGCAACUUUGGCAGAUCUUGGCCAUUUACAGUGAGUCUCCAAUGCAGCUGAGAAGAGGUCAAAUGACAGCCCAAAGCCCAGAAAUAAAGUAUAGGUACAGUCAGAUAAAACCUAUGCACGAAGAGGAUGAUUUUCACACAAAUAUUGAAGCUGUGGUCCAAGCUAGUCCUGCCCUGCUGAUGCAGCCAGAGAUUAAUUUACAGCUAGAUCGCACAGUUACCACCUUCUCCACACUGCAUGUCAAAUACCAGUCUGUGGUCAGUUUGCGGGUGGACAAUACAAAAACUAACAGAGACGGCUACUCUUGGACCAUGAUCAAGCGUGAUAAUCAGACCAAGACUCAGCACACUGCAGUUACAGGUGGAGUUGCCCAAUUCAGCUGUCAAGUUGUUGGUGAGCCUAAACCAAUAAUGGAGUGGAUUUUACCAGAUGGAAAUAAGGUGCGAGCUCCUUACAGCAGUGAGGACAAGAGGCUCCUGAUCUCUGCGGAUGGAAAAUUGACCAUCCGAGGAGUGGAUGCCUCUGACAUUGGACUGUAUCAUUGUAUUGCUACUAACUACCUGGACGCAGACAUUCUCACCUUUAGACUGGCUGUUCUGUCUCCUGAUGUUGAAGAAGUUGAGAUCAAUGGUCUCCAGCUGACAAAGCCACUGGGAGAAAGGCUGUUACUUGAAUGUGAUGCGUCAGGAAGUCCUAAGCCUUCAAUUAAAUGGAUUCUUCCUGAUCACAGCAUAUUUGAAUCACUGCAAGACAAGAAAAAAGUUUAUGAAAAUGGAUCACUAGUGGUAGAGCAUCUCACAAAAAGAGAUAGAGGGUUUUAUAGGUGUUUAGUAUCCAAUCAAUUAGGAGUUGACCUGUUAGUAUCACAUGUAUUGGUGACUGGAGAGGAACAUAAAGCAGUAACAGUUUUGGACCAGGAUCGGAUAGAGAUUCUAGACAAUAGGGAUAUUGACAACGUUAAUAUUGAGAAUCCUUCCAGCACAUACGAAAAAACAAGUCAAGAAUCCAGGACCAUCAAGUCAGACCGGCCUUAUCCCACGCUUAGAUCCAGGAACAGGGAGCACUUGCACAGUAGAUUAGGUCAUAGAAGAAGAGGUUCUUUCACCAGCAGGAAUAGAGUUUUAGAUAGGUCAUACAAAAAACUGGACCCAGAAAGAUUUGCACAAUUUAUGAAUAACAUUAAAAAGAAAGGAAGAACACAAGGUGGCUCAAAUACAGAGAAUGCUAAACCUGCAGAGUCUAGUAAUUUUUCUGGCGAUGGUGAAAUCAGUUCGGGUGAGACUCCAGAUGAUCUCAUUCUUCCUCGGAUAAUCAAACCAGUUACAACUAAGCCAAAAAGUCAAAUCCAAUGGACACAUGCACCAUAUGUCACAGUUUUACAAAACAAACACUCUCCCACUUUAAAUGAACCUACUGAAGUUUAUACUUUGGAGAAAACUUCUAAUGUAGCCUUUAACAUGCACCCAGUUACUUUCCAGCAACUAGAAGAUCCAGAAACAGCUACAGGAGCAGCUAUUUCAUUCACAGCAGAUCCUCAUGUUACUCCAAUGAGAGAUGGAACAGGGCCAGUGAUGUACACCUCCACAGAUCCAGACCACCAGACCACCUUCACCGCUGUGACCACCACAGAGAGGCAACAAGACGAGAUCACCUUCCACACCACUCAAACCAUCAAAUCUCCAAGCCUGCAUUCCGGAUCCACUAUCAUAUCCAGGCAACACAUUCAUAUUAUUCCACAUAAAAAUGGAAGAGUUGGCGAAGGAGGGGGAAGGAGAAAGUUCUUCCAGGGACGGAGAAGAAUUGUCAAGCCGAACAGGAUUAAAGAUAUACAGUCGUUUAUCAGUAAAAUGAAGCAGACUACAGCAAAGAAGGGUGGCAAUUCUACAGUGCCAUACACCAUUCAAGUAACUACAGAAUGUGAGUGUGACAACGAUGGGGCAAAAACAUCGGUCCGUGAUGUGCAGGUUCUGACACCAACCUCCUCUCCCGCUCAGAGACCAACCAGCGUUCAAUACGCAAACACUAACAGUGACAAUCCUCUGAGAGAGCCCACCCAUGCUAGACCCCGGGAACUGCUUUCUACACGAGACUACAUCACUUCAGCUGACGCACCUGAAUCUGCCCCCACCAUCGACCCAGUUCUGAUCACAAACCAGGAGGUGUCUGCUACUACUACUAAUGGGAGAAUGUCUUGGAACAGGCCAUUGAGAAGAGAAAAUACAGGCAGCUACACUCGGAAACCAUCUAUCACGCCUACCAUUUCCACCACAGCUGAAACAACAACUGCGACUACUACUACAACCCCCGCGGCUGUGCCUAUCAUCGAGGCAAAUGCAAUAGCUAUACCUAAUACAAUGUUUACUCCAACCCGCUCGCAUGUGAAGGAAAGCUCUGGAGAUGAGGAUUUUGGAGAAUUUUCUGCCGAUUUUGAGUUCACUACACAUAAACCAAGAUAUCAAACAUAUACCACAGCAUCAUAUUAUUCAAAAUCUUCAACUACAGCGCAAACUCUAGCAGAAUCACAGACAUUGCCAUCACCCCCUACUGUUAAAUCUCCUACAGCCAUAAAUGAAGAUGUCAUAUCUGGUUCUGGAGGACUGCCUGAUAAUUGGUUCGGUAGAAAAAAACCCACUGGGACAAAAGGCAAACAUGGGCGGAGAAGGAAGCCAGUUAGAGGGAGAAGGCCCACCAAUAAAGACCAUACUCACCAACCAAGAACUACAGUAGCAACAACAACAAAGUUACCCAAAGAGACUACAAAAUCGCCAAUGUCACUUGGGUCUACCUCCAUUCUGAUGACAAGCAAGCCCAGGAUUAUUGGAGGCAAUGCAGCAAGUUUCACUGUGCUGUCAGACUCAGACGCCUUUCUGCCAUGUGAAGCUGUUGGAAACCCUCAACCUACCAUCAGCUGGAGACGCUUCUCAACAAUUACAGGAAACACAUUCACUAUCAUGGGGAAAGUAGGGAAAUUUGAGGUGCUUGGAAAUGGAACAUUGCUAAUACAAAAUACCAACAUAAAAGAUCGCGGCCAGUAUCUCUGUCUAGCUGAAAAUAAUCAGGGAUCAGACAAACUCCUAGUAACCCUGUCUGUAGUGGCUUAUCCAUCACGCAUCUUGGAGCCCAAAACACGAGAGCUUAAAUCUCAUGCAGGAAAUCGAGUGGAAAUAAACUGUAAAGCAGAAGGCAGACCCGCUCCAAUGAUAACCUGGAUACUGGCAAACCGGACCCAGGUUAGAGGCCAGAAUUCUCAGGGGAGAGUGACUGUGACCGACCAUGGCACUUUAGUCAUUGAACAGGUCUCUGUGUAUGACAGAGGCCACUAUAAAUGCAUUGCCAGUAAUCCAGCUGGGGCAGAUACUGCCACAGUGAAACUCCAGGUGGUGGCAGCCCCUCCAGGCAUAUUAGAAGAGAAACGUCAGGUCAUCAGCAUCUCAGCUACUCAAAGUAUAUGGCUCCCCUGCACUGGCCAUGGCAGCCCCCAGCCCACUAUUCACUGGGUUCUAUACGACGGCACAGUGAUACCACCCAACAGAGGAAUCAAAGGUUCUCGGAUAUCAGUGCACCGCAAUGGCACCCUCCAUAUUAAAGAUGCACUGCUGUCAGACAGUGGCAAAUACGAGUGUAUUGCCACCAGCUCCACUGGCUCAGAGCGCAGAGUGGUGACACUGAUGGUGGAGAAGUAUGAGACCAUGCCCCAAAUAAUGCAGAUAUCCCAGCGCCUCACAGAACUCUACUUUGGAGACCAGCUGACCCUGAACUGCACAGCUAAAGGAGAGCCAACCCCGAGGAUCAUAUGGAGGCUACCCUCGAAAGCUGUGGUGGAUCACUGGCACAGGAUGGGAAGCAGAAUGCAGGUCCUUGAAAAUGGUACACUACUAAUCAACUCUGUAAGUGAUAAAGAUGCGGGGGAAUAUCUCUGUGUGGCAAGAAACACAAUUGGUGACGACCUCCAGCUCUUAAGAGUCAGGGUUUCAAUGAAGCCAGCCAAGAUAGAAACAAAGCUUCAUGAUAAAAAGCAGGUGACAUUUGGGAAGGACCUAAAGGUGGACUGCAAAGCCUCUGGAGCACCAAAGCCAGAGAUCUCCUGGGGACUUCCAGAUGGAACAGUGGUCAACAGUGUUUACCAGUCUGACAGCAGCAGCACAGGUGGAGGAGGUGGAGGGGGGAGAGCGCGCCGAUACACUCUGUUUGACAAUGGGACCCUAUACCUUAAUCAGGUUGGUAUGUCUGAGGGAGGAGAUUACACCUGUUAUGCUGAGAACCAGGUGGGGAAAGAUGAAAUGCAUGUGCAUAUUACUGUGGUGACAGCAGCUCCACAUAUACACACACCUGUCCAGACACAGGCCCGAGUGAAGCCUGGAGGGAAUGUGCGCCUGGACUGCCAUGCUGUGGGAGAGCCCAAACCCAAGAUCCUCUGGAUGUUGCCCUCCAAAGAUGUGAUAGCUGCAUCAAAUGAGCGUUACUUAGUGCACGUCAAUGGCUCUCUUGAUAUCAGGGAUGUGAAGUUAGGUGAUGUUGGGGAGUAUAUCUGCAUGGCUCGCAACCCAGCUGGAGAGAGUAGAAAGUUUUAUAAGGUUGAAAUAGAUGGGAACCUCCCAGUGAUCAAUGGCUAUAAUCAAAACAGAACUGUUAUUAAAGAUGUUGCAGCUAAAUACUCCAGAAAACUAAUCGACUGUAAGGCUGAAGGUGACCCCACACCUACCAUCACAUGGAUUAUGCCUGAUAACAUUUUCCUGUCUGCUCCUUAUUUUGGCAGUAGAAUUAAUGUCCAUCAUAAUGGCACAUUAGAGAUAAAAAAUGUGAGGCCAACCGAUACUGCAGAGUUUAUCUGCAUAGCGAGGAAUGAUGGUGGGGAGGCAGUUAUGAUGGUUCAGCUUCAAGUAACAGGUGCACUGCAGAGGCCUAUUUUUAAGAACCCCUUUAAUGAACGCAUUGUGUCUCACACUGGGAAAACUGUUGUUCUGAACUGCUCUGCCAGUGGACAUCCAGCCCCAGAGAUCUUCUGGACUUUGCCCAAUGGUACAAGAUUUCAUCAAAUACAAGGACGUAUCUCCAGGCAUCAACUUAGUAAUGAUGGAAGUUUAGUUAUUUACAGUCCACAAAAAGAGGAUGCAGGGAAAUACAGAUGUGGCGCUAAAAAUUACAUGGGUUACAUUGAAAAGUUAGUUUUGCUGGAGGUUGGACAAAAGCCUUAUAUCUUGACCAGGCCUAGAGGCAUGAUUCGCAGUGUAUCUGGUGAGCCUCUGUUUCUUCACUGCCUGUCAGAUGGAAACCCCAGACCCAGCAUCUCCUGGAUCCUUCCUGGUGGGCACACGCUGGCUCGCCCUCAGGUCUUAGGACGCUAUCAUCUGCUGGAAAACGGCACUUUGAUCAUCCAGGACACCACUGCCCACGACAGAGGGAGCUAUGUGUGCAGAGCCCAGAACGAGGCAGGGGAGGCUGUGCUCACAGUGCCUGUGCUCAUUAUCGCAUACCCUCCACGGAUCACCACAGGACCCCCAGCCUCAGUGCGGGCCAUCAGAGGGGCUCCACUGCAGCUGCACUGUGUGGCUGUGGGGAUCCCUAAAGCAGAGAUCACAUGGGAGCUGCCGGAUCAUUCACUGCUGUCUGCAGCAGAGCAGGGCCGGCCCACAGGCAGUGAGCUGCUCCAUCCACAGGGCACACUCAUCAUACAGAGGCCCACCCUCUCAGACUCUGGCACUUACAAGUGUCUGGCCCAGAACUAUCUGGGAACUGAUGCCAAGGCCACAUAUGUGCAUGUACUUUGA